AUGAGGUUUGGGGCAGCUCAAAUACCAAUGAAAGAGGGUAACAAUUUGGAGAACAACAUCGCUGAAGGCAUCAUUGUGGCCAACCAAAGUCUUGUACUACAAAAUGCUAGCCGGGCACGUAGUGGGAUUUAUACAUGCAUUGGAAGCAAUCGGGAAGGUGACGGUGAGAGUAAUCCGGUGCAUUUGGACAUAAAAUUUGCACCACUCUGUCGCGCGGGCCAACGCACCACCUACAGUUCGGGACGUCAUGAAACCGUUAAGGUUGCCUGUGAAAUUGAAGCAAAUCCAACGGAAGCAAGUUACAUCUGGAAAUUCAAUGCGUCACUUGGCGAAACCAUUGACAUACCGGCAUCACUUAUAGCUGUCGACCGUGGACGUAGCAUAGCACACUACACGCCUAUGACGGAAAACGAUUAUGGAACUUUAUUGUGCUGGGCAAGCAAUGAAAUUGGUGACCAGAGCGAACCGUGCGUUUAUACAAUUACACCGGCAGGCGAACCGGAUCCUUUGGUUAACUGCACAUUACUCAAUCAAACAUCGACUGGUUUUCAAAUUGAAUGCAUUGAGGGUUUCGAUGGUGGCCUGAUGCAAGACUUUAUAAUGGAAGUUUACGUAAAUGGCACAACGCGUCAUCCCAAAAUUUACAAAUCAAAAACGCCAUACUUUGAAGUACGUGGUUUAGUGCCAGGCGUCGGAUACAAUGUCUUUUUGAUUGCACACAAUAGCAAAGGACGAAGCAAUGCCACAAUUUUGCAAGUCUACACACUCAAGGAUCCUGAAAAGCAAACAGACCAUUCACUCGCUUAUGCACCCGUCAUAGAGGAUAUCCGGCCAUUUUUGGGCAUAUUGGUUGGCAUAGUUGGCAGCAUUUUUCUUGUUGCGCUUAUAAUUGUGAUAAUUGUGCGUGUACGAGGCUCAUCUGGCCGUGAUCGCAAUAAUUACUCCCAGCAUUCUGGCGGCGGACGAAAUAACAAUGGUAGCGCCGGUAUGGGUACAUUACAAAAUGGUCAAUCAAUACAGGAUAUGCGCAACGGAAGAGAAACCUGUCAUGUUACCAGCAGUUUAGAUAGCAUUGAUAAAAAUCCAGAUAUCAUACCACAGGAUGGACGCGAUGAUGAUGAUGAAUGGACAACCAAAGGACAUAAUCGUGCUUACGCCACUGCCGCUUUAGCUGAACAAAAUGCUGUAAUUACUUCAACUACUUAUGACCAUAUUGUGCCAACUUAUGCUGUUGUCGACAAGAAAUCACAAAGUCAUUUGCAACUACUGCAGCAGCAACAGCAACAUCAUGGACAAUAUGUCCAAUAUAGCACACUGAUACCAGCUAGCAAAAUUGCAGCUUAUCCUGCUCAACAGCCACAGCCACAGAAUAAGACUGAUUUAACUUAUGCCGAAAUGGCAGCACCUGGCGGCCAACGUAUGACAGCGUACUGCAGUGCUACAUUGGGUCGACCCAGACAAGCUGACUUGAAACGUGCUGAACCCAACAUAUACUCACAGAUUGAUCUAGCCCAUCAUCCUAUGUACUCUACUAGUCCCAUAUUUGGUUCGAACACCAUAACUGGCGUUACAAUGUCUCAUCCAUCGCAAUUGGCCACAUUCGCUACACCACCGCCAAUAUUUGCGCAUAAAGUGGUAACAGCGACCCAAUCACAGUCCUUGCCACCCGUUUCGGUGGGUGGUGGCGCAGGUGGAGCAGGUGUUACGGUUAGUAGUACUGGUUUGUUGCAACCGGUACCAGCAGGUGGAAUUUUAUGCGUUGGCAUGCCACCACAUUCUGCUGCCGCUUCCAUUUUAUGUGCGGCACAGCAGCAGCCACAAACGCCGCCACUGGGCACUAGCGGAAAUGGAAGUAUCGUGGGAAUCGGCAACAUUGGAUAUGGUGACUCGAAUUCCAACACUGGCCUAUUAAAAACUGUUCCCGAGGAAAUGGAUCAUCCGUUUAACGGUGAGAGUGUUUUAAUCACAACCGAACGAAAUCAUGCAACACGUUUCUGACGAUAAAUGAAUAAUUCAAUCGCAAAUGGAUUAUUAAUUAAAAAUUCAUAAAUCGCACUUUGAACAGCAAAAUCAUAUAAAAAUUUUAAUAUAAUCACAAAAUAAAAAAAUCAAUAUUCUAUAAUGUAAAAUGACUAUAAUGCUAUGUGAUUGAGUAAAUGCUAAAGAAUUUUAUUAUGAAAACAAAAAGGAUUUGAGAUGUCCUGACAUUAAAAGGACAGAGCCAAGGACAUUAAGUAUAAAUAAAGAAAAUAAAUGACUGUUCUAAAUUGAUGCUCUGAAAUC